AGGCUGAGAACACUAGACUGAAAACACUGCAACAGAACAGAGAGAGAGAGAGAAAGAGAGAGAGAGAGAAUCAGCUGAUCCCCGACACAAUGCCCUUCCUAGGACAGGACUGGAGGUCCCCCGGGCAGAGCUGGGUGAAGACGGAGGAUGGAUGGAAGAGAUUUCUGGAUGAACACAGCAAUUACGUCGGUGACAUCAACAGCUACUUCAAUGUGGAAAACAAUAAAGAGAAUCUCUUCCACAAUCUGAAUUAUGAUAUUGCUGCUAAGAAGAGAAAGAAGGAUCUUAUUAAUAACAACACAAAGACACAAUAUUUCUACCAGGAAAAUUGGAUCUACGUGCACAAAGGAAGCACCAAGGAGCGCCAUGGCUAUUGCACACUUGGAGAGGCUUUCAACCGAUUAGAUUUCUCCACUGCUAUCUUGGACACUCGGAAAUUCAACUAUGUUGUGAGGCUGCUAGAACUGAUAGCGAAGUCCCAGCUGACCUCGCUGAGUGGCAUUGCCCAGAAGAACUACAUGAAUAUACUGGAGAAGGUGGUUCAGAAAGUUGUGAAUGAUCAGCAGAACAUUCGCCUGAUAAAGGAAUUACUACAGACCCUGUAUGCAUCACUGUGCACGCUGGUGCAGGGACAUGGCAAGUCUGUCUUGGUAGGAAACAUUAACUUCUGGGUCCCUAGGAUGGAGACCAUUAUGGACUGGCUGCAACAACUGCACAAUAUUAAGAUCACCAGGCCCGCUGUUAAGGGAAUGACCUUAACCGAUCUCCCCUUGUGUCUGCAAAUGAACAUCAUACAGAGAUUAACGGAUGGGAGGGACAUUGUCUGCUUGGGUCAAGUGUCCUCAGAUUUGCAAAUUCUCAGCGAGGACCGUCUGUUGUGGAAAAAGCUCUGCCACUAUCACUUUACAGAACGCCAGAUCCGUAAGAGGCUUAUCAUAUCUGAUAAGGGAACUCUGGAUUGGAAGAAAAUGUAUUUCAAACUGGUCCGGUGCUACCCCAGGAGAGAACAAUAUGGAGACACUCUACAGUUCUGCCAACACUGUCACAUCCUGUCCUGGAGGGGUACAGAGCACCCCUGCACAGCAAACAAUCCAGAAAGCUGCUUGGUCUCUCUCUCUCCACAAGAUUUCAUCAACUUGUUCCGGUUCUAAACUUUAUGGAUCAAUUUAACAAGCUGAACAAUUUUAAGGUCCGCACCUUCUCUGUGAAUAGUGUACAUUUUGCAAAUGGCAUAAGCCACAGAUAUUUCUUGUGGAAGAGGGCAGAGUUUACUUGACUCUUCUGUCCGAAGAAAGUGUUUUACUACGAGACUUGGCUUGGACUUCUAGAAGCGUUGGCCAAGGAUCUUCGUCGUUUGUGGAAAGAAGUCAUCACAGUGUGCACUAGGUGGAUUUGCUUCCAAGGAGCAGGAGCUGGGAUGGUCUAUAAAUAGGAUUCUCAGCAUUUAUGGACUAAGGCUUUAUUGAAGUCUCUUUACCUUGCUGGGAAAUUUCAACAAAUGACCUGGUUUUGCCAUAAACUGUGCUAUUCCUCAGCACCCCGCCCACAGAAUGUUGGAUACACCACACAUUUCUCUACCUCUUUUAUACAACCCCCUUCCAUCCAGUAGAAUUUGUUCAUUGCUCAACACCGAGCAGUCAGAUGUAGAAAUGGUAAAGGGUGAAUAUUUUAAAGGGACUUUAAAAUGUAAUUGGUUUUAAUUUUCCUAUUGGGUGAGUCUGUUGAAUAUGUGGUAAGACGAAUAGAUGACUACACUUUAGUUUAGGACUGCUUUUUUUUGAGGAGAAGCUCCUCAAUAAAGUGGUCCAGAAGAAUGCUGGAGUUUUUUUUAUUAAUUAAAAUCUAGGCAAUCUAGUCCAGUAACAAGAUUCUAAAGCGUUUCGGCUUACAAAGCCUUAAUCAGAGCCAACUUCUUGUUCCCCUUAAAUGCUGCUCAGUCUGGAAAUGGCGUUAAUUAUUGUAGAUCUAAACCCAAUCAUGAAAAUUCCGUAUAAAUGUUGAUGUUAAUGUAAUUUCAAAAGUUCUUUCCAAUUUUUUAAAAACAAGCAGCCUUUAAAAAAGAAAAGAAACUGGUAAUCCCGCCAUAAAGGUACUUGUUCGUGUACUUCCUGUUAUGUGGGUGAGAACUGCAUCCCAGUUGUGUCGUCACCCUGUUACAUGGAGACUGCAAGAAAAAACAAAGGAGGAUGGUGGCACAUCCAGGAGUAAAA